UUCACUCACCAGACGCCUCAGCUGAUAGGAGGCGGGAAAAAACAUUUGGAGUGAUAGUUUACGUUUCACUGCUGUAUUUAUUUAUUUAUUUUUUCACAUGAAAACAGAUACAAAGGCAACGAGCACGCCACACCUUCUGCCUGUCGCUUCAACGCCACCACCACCGUUUGCUCUCUCUCCUGGGUCUUGGCCUUUGUGGGAGACAUCGACGCUGGUUUCCUCAUUACCUCUGGAUCUACUAUCCGGAUCGUUCCCUACUGAAGACUCGACGUCGGCAUCUGGGCAAUCCGCACCUCCACAGCCACCGUCGCCGCCACCAUCAGCACCGCCAGCAACCACAGACAACCCGCGGAUAGCACCCCGGACACCAACGUCGACUUGCGCCGCAUCACCCCCUGACCAAACCCUGCCUCUACCCCCUGCCCCCGAGCGCUCUGUCACAGCUACCCAAGACAGACCCCACGCUCCAGUGUCGCCGACCCUAUUAGCGUUCCAUGAUGCAACGGCUGUAAAACAACAGCUUGAAUUCAGAGUACGUACGCUUGAACGUCGUCUUCAUCAGAGUGAAAUACAGAGUCGUCGUCUAGCACGUCAAGCGCGUCAAGCACGUAAAUACCGCCGUUCUGCGAGAAAUAUACGUGAAGAAUUCAUCUUUAAGGACGUCACGAAUAAAGCGCUGGUGUCUGAAGUUCUGAGACUCCUAAAACAACAAGGACCUGGUGGUAACAGACGUCGUGGACUGAUCUGACUGAAGUUCGACCCCAGUAAGGUCCAUUUGGAUCCUCAUUAUUUAAACGCAGUGAUGGGUGAUUACGGUUUGAGGUUGCUGUUGCACUGCGGGUGAUUGUGUUUUGAGGUCGCUGUUGCAUCGCGGGUGAUUGUGUUUUGAGACUGUUGUUUUGUUUAUUAAAUGUUUUUUAAUUAUUAUUUUAUUGUUAUUGUUAUUAUUGUUAUUACGCUAUGGCCAACCAUGAUGGUUUUCCUUCCGGUUCUGACCCUGAAUCCACACACAACCAGGACACUACACCACACCUCAUUGACCAGAGUGCUUCACCAACACGUAUGUUUCUGUCUCACUUGUUUGACAACGUGUCUGAGGAGGAUGUAGUGCAGGUCUAUGAUCCGAGUAUAAAUGAAAACAUGGAGUCAAUUUUUUUCGGCGAGAGAGAGGAUAACCAAAUUUUAAAUAUGGUUCCUGCAUCAUCUCGUGAGGGUAGGGCUGAUACCUCUUUAGACAAUGGCGAUCGGUUAGAAAGGUUUGUUGAUAAUCUGCAGACGACUGAUUCAGGGACAACUGCUCUUGACCCUCUGGUAGAUGUGUCUGACUCUAACUGUAGCGAUGACAAUGUUGAUGAUGACGGUGAUUCGCUUCAGGAAGGAUGUUGUAUUAGAGGUACCGGUAUUGAAUCAGAAGUCAUAGAGCCUUUUAACACCGAUAGGAUAAGAAGGGUGCUAACACGUCCUGCUGUACCGGACACUCCUGAUUUAGCUACUUUCUACAGAGGUUGGAUGCAACAGGUCAGGGAGUUGGCUGAUGAAGCGCAGAGACUGGCAGAUCGAGAGGAUGUGGUUCAGCUUGAAGUGGUAGGUGAAGAUGUUCAAGAACACGUUAAUGUUGUGGUUGAAGGCGACGGUGGAAAUAUCUACCCUGCUUUUGAGGACCUCCUUAGCAACACAGUGCAAUCUGACAGAGUCAUCGCUAUGGGUAAGAGAAUUGAAUUAACGGUCCAAAUUGUACAUAUCCCUCGAGGAGGCGCGAAACGCAAGCUCGAGAAGACGCUGGAUGCCAAAAUUUUUGUUAAAAAAAGACGACAUCUCUAUGUAGUUGGUGGUGAUGGAACCAAGCAGCUUUGCGUCGCAAUCAGCCUUUCUUGUCUCCUUAAUCCUAACCGUGCGUAUCAAGAUUGUGUUGAGUUGGGGAGGGAAUUAUUAAACAAAGCUGGUUUAGAUUCUCAAACACCUAUCAUAUUCACAGAUAAUACCCCUGUUUGAACGGAUAGUGAGGCGUAAAAUUGUUGUGUUUAAUAAAACGACAGCAAACCAGCCAUUAGCGCAUUAUGCCACCGGUUUUGCUGAUGGUUCGGAGCCCUUAUUCUUGUUUCUACUUCAGGGACACUAUUACGGGGUGAAGAACCCUAAAGGUUUGUUAGGAACACGUUACUUUUGCGUCAGCUGUCAUAAGGGGUAUGAAGAUAAAUCAAAACACAUAUGCAAAGCUCACUGUAGCGUUUGUCACGAUCCUGUUUGCCCUACAGAGGUCCCAGACCCGGUAACUUGUGACGACUGUCGCAGGGUUUGUCACAACCCAGCAAAGAGACAGGUGGCUAAGACUUGUCUUAAUAGCCUAUGGGGAAAGUUUUGUCAGAGAGUGAACAUGUCUCAGGUUUCUGUAGUGUCAGACCCCAACGAGUUUUUCAGUUUCAUGUUUUCAGGGAAAUACGAGGUCAGCUACUUUAACGUGCUGGAUGAGAAAAAAGUUGUGAUCCAGUGGCGUUACAAUGGUCUCUACCCUCCUGGUAAAAGCAGCAAUGUUUUUAUCGGAGCUUUUACCACUGCUUAUGCUCGUCUGAAGUUGUACAGUUACAUGGAGAAAUUGCAGGAGAAUGUUCUCUACGUUGACCCAGACAGCUUGAUAUAUGUUGUGAAAGACGGCGAGACGCCUUUAAAAUUAGGUAACUAUCUCGGUGAUCUGACUGAUGAACUCGACGGGGAUAGCAUCAAGGACUUUGUUUCGGCGGGUCCUAGGUCGUAAGCUUAUAGGAACAAAGGACAGAAGAAGGUUGUGAUUAAAAUUAAAGGUAUCACGCAAACAAAAGAAUCUUGUGAGCGGAUAAACUUUGACUCCGUCUGUAGAGGGCUAUUUGCAGAAUUCACCUGAUGGGGUGCUUGAGACCUGCCAACACAACAUUGAGAGGGAUAAAAAGAACAUCGCAGUAAAAAACAGAUCAGUUAUUAAAAAACUCCGGGUCGUGUACGAUAAGAGGCGAUUAUUUUCGGAUGGGACAACCAAACCUUUCGGGUUCUGAGUUUUGGGUGGAUGAGGGGUCAUUAUCGAAGAAAUUAAUUUCGAUCCACAUUUGAAAACACCAUUUUCAUGUCUAG